UGACAGAGCCGCCCCCCCUUGAGGGACGGUCAGAAGCGCUGGAGCCGAACUCACCAUGAUGGACCUUUUCGAGACGGGCGCGUACUUCUUCAACGACCUGCGGUACCUGGAGGGGGACGGCGGGCCGCUGCAGUGCCUGGGGGCGGCCGGGACGUCCCCGCUGUACGGGGCGCGGGAGAGCCCGCCGUCGCCGCUGCCGCCCCCGCCCGGCGACGGGGGCCUGGCGGGGGAGACGGGGUUCGAGACGGGGUGCGAGGACAGCAGCGGGGAGGAGCACGUCCCGGCCCCGCCGGGCCUUGGGCCGCACUACCCGGGGCAGUGCCUGGCCUGGGCCUGCAAGACCUGCAAGAGGAAGUCGGCGCCCACGGACCGCCGCAAGGCCGCCACGCUGCGCGAGCGGCGGCGGCUGCGCAAGAUCAAUGAGGCCUUCGAGGCGCUGAAGAGGAAGACCGUGGCCAACCCCGCCCAGCGGCUGCCCAAGGUGGAGAUCCUGCGCAGCGCCAUCAGCUACAUCGAGCAGCUGCAGGACCUGCUGCACACGCUGGACCGGGAGGAGCGCGCCCAGGGGAAGGACAGGGCCCACUGCGGCGCCAAGAAGCGGCACAUCCUGAGUACUGAUCACUUCAGAGGGGACAGCUCCCAUGGCUGGCAGACCAUGAUCAAUCACAGAGAAGUCGUUUCAGGUCAGGCUGCUGAGUCUUCGGCCUCCAGCAGCUUACACCACCUCUCCUCUAUCGUGGCCAGCAUUUCCACCGAGCCGCCAAAGGAAGAGCCCAACCAACCGGCCUCGGGCACAUGAAAUUCCGCCAGGAACCAUUUUAUACAGAACUGACCAGAGCUAUUCACAUUUCCAUUGCGCCAUUUCAAAUGGCUGAAUGUCUAAAAUAAUUUAUUCUAUGACUGCUCAAGUUUUUUGUACGCUUUUGUAUCGAUAUUCACAUGAGCUGUAGGCUACUAGUUAGAACUGGCAUUUCUCAUAACGUUUUUUUUGUGAAAAAAAUUGAGCAAAUGCCAGUUUACUUUUGUAUCUUUUGGAAAAUAUGUUAAAAUGCUUUAAUAUUCAUACAUGUUGUUUUUAGGAACACAAAUAAAAUAAACAUCAAAAUAUGAAUUUCUUGUGAAAACAAGUAAAUGAUGUAUAUUAUAAAUUAUAAUGAUAUAUUUACUGCUGGAGGAAGUAAAUUGAGUUGAAACAGAGCAGCUUAUUUGGUGCUCUUCAAAAACAGAGUCACUGCUAAUCGGAAGCAAGAUUAAACCUUUUUACUAGUCGGCUGUCAUUGGCACUGCAAGCUGUAAACGAACUUGUCCAUGUUGAAAAUGCUGAAUUAAAAAAAAAUUUUAAUUGAAAAAAUACAACAUUUCUUUAAAUGCGAGAAUUGAUAGCAAAUCCUGUAAACCCACCCACCUGUCACCAUCCAGCUUUUUGCGAGAUUCUAAUUUCUCUUUCUAAUCUAAACAGCUCAGCAGGCUUACUUUACGACAUACCCCCUGAUUGAGAAAUGGAGUUUGCUUUACAAUGCAUUUAUCUGAGUUGGAGAGGGUGCGUGUACAUAGAUGUUCUUCCAGGUUUUCCAGACAUCACUGAUUGUGUUAUUCCCACAUAGCUUAACCUGCAUCGUCGUCUUCCAUUUCACAUUCCGUAAUGGCAGUGGAUGCUGUGAAUGUCUCCAGCGUCACCCUCUUUCUCUGAAUAGACAUGUGACUACCGGGGGUUAGUUGAAGUAUCCACCAGAGGCAACGUGUUUACAGCUAUUUAAAGAGCGUAAAAUGACACCAGAACCCCAGAAAUAGUCUUGGUUAUGUCUUUGUGGCAGCUGCUAAUAAACAAUCCUCCGCCUCCGUUAUUACUAAUAAAGUCAUCGCUAAACUUGUCCUGACAGUUUGAGCGGAAAUUAAUGUUUGAGUAUUUGCAUUUGCAUUUGCCUAAUUUUAACUCAACACUUUGUGAUACAUUGCCAAAGGUAAAAGCUGGUCAUCCAAGGGCUAUUUAGGGUAGUCAGGGGAUGCUCUCUCUAAUUACCUUUAUCUAUUCAGUUUGAUGCAACAGGUUUCUUUUUGUAAAAAUUAAAGUCUUAAUACUACAUUUUCGGAACUUACUAAUGCUUGCUGUCCAUAAUUGGU